AAAAGUUUUGAUCCAGCGUCUACUCCUUGUCAAAAGAAGAAGAACUCGAAUUCCCUCAAAGGAAAUAUCUCUCAUCAGCUAUCUUUCUUUCUUGCGGCCAUUUCUUCCUAUUUCAUUCAUUCUUGUAUGGCAGUUAGAUUCCUGGCUCGCGAGGUAUCAGAUCUGUGUCUAGGGAAGCCGGCGCUAAGGCCGCUGCCAAUAUCCGCAACCGUCGCCGACGCAUUGUCUGCACUAAGGAGCUCCGGUGAUAACUGUGUCAGUGUAUGGAAAUGUAAUCAUUCAUCUCCGAAGAAGAACGCCAGGUCUGAUCAUUGUCUAUGCGUCGGCAAGGUUUGUAUGGUAGAUAUCAUCUGUUUUCUCAGCCGAGAAGAGAAUCUUUCUUGUCCUUCAACUGCGAUUCAGACACCUAUUUCUGAACUUAUCGGAGAAAGCUCUGGCGUCGUCAAGCAUCUUGAGCCACAUUCUAGGCUAUCGGAUGCAAUAGAUUACAUAUUGGAUGGAGCUCAGAACCUUGUUAUUCCAAUUGAGAACAAAUCAAGCAGGUUGAGAAAGAAACAGUUGAGUAGUUUAAGCUCUACUCUGCACAAUGGCCAAGAAUACUGCUGGCUAACCCUAGAAGAUGUAGUUCGUUUCCUACUAAAUUCCAUUGGUGUUUUCUCUCCAAUCCCAGCAUUAACUAUCGAAUCCCUAAACAUAAUCGAUUCUGAUGUCAUGACUAUCUACUACUACGAGCCUGCCUCCUCAGCUAUGGAAUUCAUUUCGCGUGCUCUCAAUGAGCAGAAAUCAGUUGCAGUUCUGGAUGGAGGAAAAAGAAUUUUAGGUGAUAUAUCUCCUAAUACCCUAGCUUGUUGUGACGAAACUGUUGCAGCUGCAAUUUCAACUCUCUCGGCUGGUGAUUUGAUGGCUUACAUUGAUUAUGGCGGUCCUCCAGAGGAUUUGAUUCAGUUAGUGAAGACAAGAUUGUUGGAGAAGAAAUUCAAGGCAAUGUCUGAGCUGAUGGAGGAAAUUUCUAUUAAUUCAUUAUCAUCUUCGUCGAGUGGUUCUUCUGAUGAAGAGUUUGGAUUAGUUAGGAGUGGGGGUUCGGGUCGUUAUGCUCAAACUCGAAGAUCUUCUGAGGCUAUUGUAUGUCAUCCUUGGAGUUCAUUGGUGGCUGUGAUGAUUCAGGCACUUGCUCAUCGAAUGAGCUAUGUUUGGGUUGUUAAAGAAGAUCAUUCUUUGUUGGGUAUUGUGACGUUUUCUGGGAUUUUGCAAAUUUUUCAGAAUAUUGCUGCUGGAGGCUCUUGACAGAAACAUUAAGGAGAAGAUUUGUUGUAAGAAAUGACAUCAGUUUUCGCGGUUUGUGUGUGUUUAAUUUCAUUGUUUAUUUAGUUAUCCAUGAACCAUGGAUAAAAGUGUUUUGAAAAUGCAACUAAGGUUAUUGAGAAUUUUUCAGAGACUAAUUUCUUAAUGUUGUCAUUUCUAGGAUUGAUUUUAUUG